CAUAUGUGCUGCCUGGGACCAAACCCAGAGCCCCAUGCCUAAUGGAUGGUGGCUUUAGACAUUCAGUCCAGAGCCACAAGAAUUACGCAUGUGCUGCAGAAUGAUGAUUCUGCAAGUCCUACAACUUUUCCUCCGCUGAUUUCCAAAAGUCGCGUUCAGGUCGGUUUCUAGCCCGCAGGUAGCAUCUCUGGCCUGUGCAUGCAGGGUCUGGAGCCGGGCCCCCGCGGGCUCCUCGCAGGCGUCUGCAGUCCCGGGAGCCCGUGGCCUUUGCUCAGCCUGCGUCCUCCGGCGUAGCAGCCCCUGGCGGCGGCCUGUGCGCGGACUCCCUGCAGCUUCGGUCCCGGUCCCGGCCAGCCAGGAGGGCGGAUGGGUGCGCUCCGGAGGCUGAUUCAGGGCAGGACCCUGCUACUGACCAUCUGUGCAGCUGGCAUUGGUGGGACUUUUCAGUUUGGCUACAACCUGUCUGUCAUCAAUGCCCCGACCUUGUACAUUCAGGAAUUCACCAAUGACACAUGGCGGGCUCGCACAGGCCGGCCCCUGUCUGAUCGGCUGGUUCUACUGGUGUGGUCCCUCAUCGUGUCUUUGUAUCCCCUGGGGGGCCUCUUUGGAGCUCUGCUUGCAGGUCCUCUGGCUGUCAUGGUGGGAAGGAAGAAGUCCCUCCUGGUGAACAACAUCCUUGUGGUGGCAGCAGCAGCCCUGUUUGGCUUCAGCCGAGAAGCAGGCUCCUUUGAGAUGAUCAUUCUGGGAAGGCUGCUCAUGGGAGUCAGUGCAGGGGUGAGCAUGAACAUUCAGCCCAUGUACCUGGGGGAGAGCGCGCCCAAGGAGCUCAGAGGAGCGGCAGCCAUGACCUCUGCCAUCUUUGUGGCCUUGGGGAUCGUGAUGGGCCAGGUUGUUGGACUCAGGGAACUCCUGGGCGGGCCACAGGUCUGGCCCCUGCUGCUGGCCAGCUGCCUGGUGCCUGCAUUAUUCCAGCUGGUCAUCUUGCCCCUGCUCCCUGAGAGUCCACGCUACCUGCUCAUUGACCGUGGAGACACCAGGGCCUGCUUGGCUGCGCUGCAGCGGCUGAGGGGCAGGGAGGACGUGACAGAGGAGCUGGCUGAGCUGCAGGAGGAGCGCACAGCCUGCCAGGGCCUGAGAGCGCGGCGCCCUUGGGAGCUGUUUCAGGAUCCGACCCUGCGGAGGCAGGUGGCCAGCUUGGUGGUGCUGGGCAGUGCUAUGGAGCUGUGUGGGAAUGACUCGAUGUAUGCCUAUGCCUCUUCUGUGUUCCGGGCGGCCGGCAUUCCCGAGGAGAAGAUCCAGUAUGCCAUCAUGGGGACAGGAAGCUGUGAGCUACUCACGGCAUGUGUCAGCUGCAUGGUCAUCGAGAGAGUGGGCCGCAGGCUACUGCUGAUGGGUGGCUACAGCCUGAUGACCUUCUGGGGCAGUGUCUUCACAGUCGCUCUGAACUUGCAGAGCUCCAUCCCCUGGAUGUCCUACCUGGCCAUGUUCUGCAUCUUCGCCUUCAUCCUCAGCUUUGGCAUUGGCCCAGCUGGAGUUACGGGGAUCCUGGCCACAGAGCUGUUUGACCAGAUGGCCCGCCCUGCUGCCUACAUGAUCUGCGGGGCGCUCUUGUGGAUCAUGCUCUUCCUGGUCGGCCUGAUAUACCCCUUCCUCAUGGAGGGCUUGUCCCACUUCCUCUAUGUACCUUUCCUCUGUGUCUGUGUCUGUGGGGCCAUCUACACAUGCUUCUUCCUACCGGAGACCAAAGGCAAGACCUUCCUGGAGAUCUCUGAGGAAUUGCACAGACUCAACUUCUCCCAGCACCAGAGCCAGGGUCCCCUGUGGAGGGGGGCAGCAGAGGUCAUCCAGAGCACGGAGCUCUAGCUGUGGCCAAGUGGGAUUACAUCCCCAGACCUGCCUCUGAGAAAGGCUUGACCCCUUUCUAUGCUCUUGCCUCUGUGCUCACCUGUUGAGUAGGUGCUCGGUGCAGACUGGGUGCUGAGCACUUAGUCAGUGGUGAAGCAGGGAGGUGACCCCAGGGCUUCUGAAUGCACUUCAGUUCAUGAGCAGCAAGCCAAUAAAAAUUGACUUGGGGGAACACGGUGGAAGAAAGACUUGGGAUGUGAAGGGUGUUUUACCAGAGGGGCCUGACCUGGUGUCAGUAUGGGCUGGUUGGAAAUAGAUUUUCUGAAUAAUUUAUUUUUAAUCAAAUAUAUUACUGUUUUUAAUUUAACAGUGUAUACAUACUAUAGAAACUUCUGUUGUACAAGGGGCACUAAGAAAUAUGUACAUUUAAUGACUCCAUGUAUGCCUAUCCUAGAGAAUGCUUGCCAAGUGUUUUUCUUUCUUUUUUUUUUUUUUAAUAUUUCCUUUCUUUUCUGAGAGAUACAGAGAGGGAAAGGGAGAGGAAAAAGGAAAGGAAGGGAGAAGAAGAGAAAGACAUCACAACACCAAAUCUUCAGUUCACUGGGGACCAGGCUUGAACCUGCGUUACACACAUGGCAAAGCUGCACCCAAAUACAUGCCUUGGGUCUAUCUAUCAGUGGUAGAAUGGCAUGACACCUGGCAAAAGGUGCACAUUUCUACAGCACCUGCUACUUAUUUCAGAGUCCAAACUGAUGGUAGCCACAGGCUCUACGACUUCAAAUUCUGCCCCAGCUGUAGCUCAGCUGCCUUCUUUGACAAAGUAACUUCCUGUGCUGAGCUGAUGAGCUCUCCCUGCUCAUCACUGAAUAGUCUACAUACAGUACAAUGUGUUCACACUCAGUAUGUGUCUGAACACCUGGGGAGGUAGUUCAGUGGCUGGAGCCCAGGACUUGGAUGCAUGAGGCUAUAGCAGUACUCUGUCCUCUAACUUUUUGUCUUUCUCUCAUGAAAUAAAUAUUUUUUAUUAGAUUUAUUUAUUUCUUUUUUGUUGCCCUUGUUUCCAUUGUUGUUGAUGUUAUCAUUGUUAGAUAGGACAGAGAGAAAUGAGAGACGAGGGGAAGACAGAGGGGGAGAGAAAGAUAGACACGUGCAGACCUGCUUCACCGCCUGUGAAGCGACUCCCGUGCAGGUGGGGAGCCGGGGGCUCAAACCGAGAUCUUUAUGUUGGUCCUUGUGCUUUUUGCCACAUGCACUUAACCUGCUGCACUAUCGCCUGACUCCCGAAAUAAAUCUUUUAGAAAAAGUUCCCAGUUGGGAAUUGGGCGGUAGCACAGUGGGUUUAGCGCAGUUGGUGCAAAGCAAAAGGACCAGUGUAAGGAUCCUGGUUUGAGCCCCCAGUUCCCCACCUGCAGGAGAGUCACUUCACAAGCGGUGAAGCAGGUCUGCAGGUGCCUAUCUUUCUCUCCCCCUUUUUGUCUUCCCCUCUUCUCUCCAUUUCUCUCUGUCCUAUCCAACAACGACAACAACAACAAUAAUUACAAUAAAACAAGGGCAACAAAAGGCAAUGAAUAAAUAAAUAUGAUUUUUAAAGUUCCCAGUUGUGCUGGGGAGACAGCAUAAUGCUUAUGCAAAAAAAAAAAAAAAAGGCUUUCCUGUGUGAGGCUCUGCGAUCUCAGGGUCAGUCUCCAGCACCAUCAUAAGCCAGAGUUGAGCAGCGCUCUGGUCUUUCUCUCUGUGCCUCUCUUAUUAAAAUAAAAAAUAAAAUCUUGUUUAAAAAGUUCCCCCCCAGAAGCAUCAUGAAUUAUAUGAUAAUCCAAUAUAUAUGUAAACAGUGGGCAGGGCCUGGUGGUGGCGCACCUGGUUGAGUGCACAUGAUACAAUACACAAAGACCUGGGUUCAGGCCCCUAUCCCCAUCCCCACCUACAGGGUUAAAGUUUCCAAAGUGGUAAAGCAGGGGUCCAGGUGUUUCUCUGUCUCUCCCUUCCUAUCUCUCUAUCAUAGAAUAAAAUCUGGGAUUCUACUUUAAAAGGCCUACUUCCUUCCCCCAAAUGCACAUUUGACGGGCUUUGACAGAUAUCGGUGAAUUCACCACCAUCAGGAUAGGAUGUUCACAUCACCCUCUGCCAUCUACACACUCGCAGCCCCACUGACCUGCUUUCUCCUGUUGGGCAUUAUGCCAGCUCCCCCCUGCUCCAUGCUGCAUUGCUUGAUGCUGUGGUCUAUUUACAUAAUCAUCGUUUUGCCUGAGACCCGCCCUGCCUGCAGGGCAUUGGUUUAAUCCCCACUGGUUAGAUGGAAGCUUGCUACCUUCCACUCUUUUAUUUUCUCUCCACCCCCUCUCCUAGCCAUUUCCUUUUCCGACCUGCCACUUCCGUCUCAGAAGAUAUAGAGGCAGUUUUUUUCUGAUCAAUAAAGGCAUUAUUGCAUUGCAUUUCUGCUCAGCCACUCAGUUCCUGGUUCCUCUCCCGUGUCACUGAGUGAGCAGCAGCCCAGGUUGGCUCCAGUCGAGUUCUCUCCCCUGUGACGCAACCCGACAUUCUCCACUCUAGGUCAAGUUGUCUUGCUUAGAAUUUGAUGUAAUUCCAUUGUGUAAUUCCAGUGCAUUUGUGUCUGGCUUUGCUUCAGAUGAAAUCUUUAUUUUUUAAUAUUAAAAAAAUAUUGCCACUGAUAUUAUCUCUAGGGCUUUGUGCCUGCAUGACAAAUCCACCACUUCCAAUGACUGACCCUCCCUCCUCACCUCCCUUCCUGUCAUCUCUUUAUUCCAUUGAUAGAGACAGAGAGAAAUUGAGAGGGAAAGGAGAGAGACACCUGCAGCCCUGCUUCACCACUCGUGAAGCUUUCCCCCUGCAGGUGGGGACCAGAGGCUUGAAUCUGGGUCCUUGCACAUGGUAAUGUGUGGCUUUUUCCAAGUGUGCCAUCACCUGGCCUCUACAGAUAAUGUUUUAAAGACCUAUCCAUGUUGUUGCAUGUGCCAGUCUAUACUCCUUUGUAUUGCCAGUGGGUAUUCUACUGUGUGAAACCAUAAUUUGUUCAUCCAUUUACCUGCUGGUGGACCUAAGGGUGUUUCAGGGUCUUGGUCAUUGUGAAUAAAACUGCUGUGGAUAUUCCUACACAAGUUGUUUUAUAGAUAUGUGUUUUCUUUCUCUUUUUUGGGGGGGAGAUAGAAAUAGUUAAGUUUGAUAGUGAAUGUAUGUUCAACUGUAAAAGGCACUGUUUUCCAUAGUGAUUUUAUUCUUAGUUUUACAUUUGCACUGGCAAUGCAUGUGAGUUCUGGGUGCUCCUAGUACUCAUCAACACUUAUAUUGUCAAUCUUUUUAAUUUAGCCAUCUCACGGUGUUUUAAUUGUGUCUUCCCCUGACUUUAGAUGUGUUGAUCAGCGUGUGUGUGUGUGUGUGGGGGGGGGUAAGUUGUGCAUCUUGUGAAGAAUCUGUUCAAAUCUUUACCUACUAUUUAUCUAAAAAAUAUAUUGGGCUAUAAGAAAAUCCACAAUACAUUUUUGUAUAAAAAACAUAGAGAAAUAUGUCACGACUUUUCUGACAACCGAGUAUUUUAAGCAGUUUUAAUUUCACAGCCAAAUUAAAAGGGAAGGUGCCAUAGAACAAAUCUCAAAACUUGUAAGUCA